CAACUUUCAAGCCUUCAACGACUACACAUGUUUUCUGCUUUCGUUUUUUUUGACCUCUGCUUUCCUCCUGCGUAAAUUUAGAACCCUCUAGGCCUCCACUACCUCCACAGUUAAUCUGCGUCGCAGUAUUAUGAAUAAUUGAUAGAACCUUCGUUCCUCUAAAUACCCAGAUUCCAAUCCAGCGGUUACCGAAUAUGGUCCAUUGUAUCAAAACAAACGAAGCAUGUGUGAGGCGCCGUGUGAAGGAGGAAAUCACCGACCAUUGAGUCAAAAACUCAAAUCAGCCACUCCAAAUUCGAAACUUCCCCACCAGCCCAACUAUUUUUUGUUAUUACUUCCCCCCCCCUUCUACCUGCCUUCACACAACCUUUAAAAUCUCUUCUCUCCUUCCCUGUCCCAACUUUCUCCAGUCCUCCAUUUCUCUCCGUCUCUCUAUCCUUCCAUCUCUCUCUCUCUCUCUGAGAUUCUGAUUUCGAUGCCGCAAGUCGAUCUCGAAACGCUGGUUUGUGGCGGAGGCGGCGACGGGAAGAUCGCCUGCGAAACGCUUAUCGACGACCAUAAUCUACUGCCGGAGAAGCAAGAUAUUCCGGAGACUCUACCCGACCAACCGGCCGAGUCCUUUUGGCUGUCUAAGGACCAAGAACUUGAUUGGUUCGAUCAGAACGCCUUCUACGAGCGCAAAGAAUCCAAGAAGGGCACCCCCAAUAGCAACUUCAGUUCUAACCUCAAUUCCAACUCCAACGCCAAUUCCAAUUCCGCUUCUCAGCGCUUCUCCUUGAAUUUGAAAUCCAAGGCUUCCAUCAUCGGUCUCCCUAAGCCACAGAAUUCCUGCUACAUCGACAGUAGGUUCCGCCGGAAUUGCCGACCGUCCAACAUCCGUUUUUUUCCUAAGAAAUCCUACCAGGCGUCCGGGAGAUCGGUCAUACCCGUUGCCGAACCGUCGUCUCCGAAAGUCUCGUGUAUAGGAAGGGUUAGGUCGAAGAAGGACCGAAGCCGCCAUCGUUGGAGAAACCGUCGACAGUCCACCGAGAAGACUGAGACAGCCACUGCACCGACUACUCCUGCUGCACCAACCACGAAACUGGUGAAAUCCAGGAUCUGGGCGAGUUUCAAGGCAAUAUUUCGGUCGGGUUGUCGGGCACAACAAGCCGUCGAGGUCGACGACAACCCGUCGCAUUCUCCGCCGCGCGAGAGUUUCGCGUCCACCCAGUUUAAGUCCCCGGCCAGCGAGCCGGCGGCAGAUCCACCGGGGCUGGGAGGACUGAAGCGGUUCGCAUCGGGUCGGAAAUCCGAUUCUUGGCUCUCCGAUGACCUGGACGAAUCGUUCGACCGCGAUAGUAUAUGGCAACGACGUAAUGUGGACCCACUUAACGAGGUCGAUUGCCGUCGGGACUGGGAGGUAGUGGGACCCGCAUCCGUUUGAUAAAUGUGAUGAUGAUGACGUGGCAGAAACGAUGAAUAACGGUUACCCGGGUCAGGUAAAAGAACUACUAUGUACUGUACUGGUUUGUAAUUUUGUCUUUUCCGUGAGUUUUUUUUUUUUUUUUUGUAAAUAUAUAAACCGGAAAAUCAGUGCGAGUACGAGAGACGAGGCUAUGAACACUGAACACGAUUUGAGUGUUUCCUUUUUGCAUUUUUCUUGAACAGCUGUAAAUUAUUUUGUGAUUUUUAACAGUAAGAAACGAUCAGUAUUCAGUGCGCA